AUGGAGGCUUUUUCUUGGACUGUUAUAACCCUUGCACUGGUAGCUGCUCUGGCUCUUCUCUCCAAAAUUCUCUUUCCCAACCGCCCAAACCUUCCACCAGGCCCCAAACCAUGGCCUAUAAUUGGCAACCUCAACCUCAUUGGUCGUCUGCCUAAUCAAUCCCUCCACAAAUUGUCCCAAACUUAUGGACCAAUAAUGCAGCUCAAAUUUGGCUCCUACCCAGUUACACAUGAUCGCAUCUUUGCCUCUAGGCCUCAAACUGCAGUAGGCAAGUACCUCACUUAUGGCUACCUCAAUGUCACUUGGGCACCUUAUGGUCCAUAUUGGCGUCAAGCCCGCAAAAUUUUUCUGACGGAGCUGUUUAGCUCAAAAAAAUUAGAGUAUUUUCAAUACAUUCGGGUUGAGGAAAAUCGUGCUUUUAUUUCACGACUCUAUGCCUUGUCAGGGAAGGCAGUUGUGCUCAAAGAGCAUCUGUCACGCCUUACUCUUAGCAUUAUGAGCAGAAUUGUGUUCGGGAAGGAGUACUUUGGCAUGUCCAAAUUUGAGAGUUCGAUAAUGUCAUUCAAAGAAUUUCAGGACACAUCAGAUGAGUUGUUCUUGCUUAGCGGGGUAUUCAACAUAGGGGAUUGGAUACCCUGGCUUAAUUUUUUGGACUUGCAAGGGUAUGUAAAGCGAAUGAAGGCCUUAACGAAAAAAUUGAACCGCUUUUAUGAGUUUGUGCUUGAUGAACACAAGGCAAGGAAGGAAGGAGUGGAGAAAUUUGUGGCAGGGGACAUGGUGGAUUUACUGUUGCGGCUGGCUGAUGACCCUAAUGAUCUUGAAGUUAAGCUCACUUAUGACAGUGUCAAGGCACUCACUCAGGACUUGAUAACUGGAGGCAGUGAUACGUCUGCAAACAUUUUGGAGUGGACAAUGUCUGAACUUGUAAAACAACCAAACCUCAUAAAAAAGGCAACAGAAGAGCUUGACAGAGUGAUUGGGAAGGAGAGAUGGGUGGAAGAGAAAGACCUCGAGAACCUUCCUUAUAUAGAUGCAAUUAUGAAAGAGACCAUGAGGAAGCACCCUGUAGUGGCAAUGCUACCACCACGUCUAGCUCUUGAAGAUUGCAAUGUGGCAGGCUAUGAUAUUUACAAAGGAACUAUAGUGUUUGUGAACACAUGGAGCAUGGGGAGAGAUCCCACGCUGUGGGAUGCACCUGAUGAGUUUAGGCCUGAAAGGUUCUUAGGGAAGGCAAUUGAUGUGAAGGGACAGAGUUUUGAGUUCUUACCAUUUGGCUCAGGAAGGAGGAUGUGCCCUGGUUAUAGUCUUGGACUGAAAGUGAUAAGGUCUUGCUUGGCCAACAUGUUACAUGGGUUCAAUUGGAAAUUGCCUGCGAAUAUGAAAACAGAAGAUUUGGACAUGGAGGAGGUUUAUGGAUUGAUAACAUCUCGGAAGUUCCCACUUCUUGCAAUAGUCGAACCUCGGCUACCAAUCCAUCUUUACUAA